AUGUUAAGACCUCACCAACAGCAUCAGCCUCAGACUCCCCACAAGAACUAUCGGUCAUACAAGCUUCUCAUAGACCCAUUCUUGGUGAAGGGAGCCACAAAACUUUAUCGCUACGAUGGAGUUGUACCCAGUGAUCCAUUGUAUCCACCUGUGCAGUUGCGCGAUCCUCGUCCAGCACGGGCUCGCAUUUGGCUCCAAGGUGCCGAGGCCCUGGACCUUCCAGUACCAAAGUUCAAGAUCGACUCAAACUACGUGGGCAUUCCUCCGGCAGUCGAGGUCACGAUUUCGAACAUCAACGACAACAUCGACAGGGACUUCCUAGCAGAAAUAGUUUCUAAGUAUGGGCAGGUGGAAGAACUAUACAUAUACUAUCACCCUGUGAAUAAGAAGCACCUUGGCCUAGCCAGAGUGGUGUUUGAUAACCCUGCUCAUGCAAAGCUUUGUGUUCAGAAAUUAAAUGGUACCUCUGUCAUGGGGCAGAAACUACUGGUUUUCUUAGAUGCUUUUGGUGAGGAGUGUCGUCGGCUCUUUGAGACGGUGACGACAGAGAAGAAGGAGGGAGGCAGUGGUUCAGUACUUCCGGGCUCUCCGUUGGAUAGCCGCAAGAGCAGCACCUCGUCGGAGGAGGAGAGCGAGGUGCAAUCGACCACCACUGGGACACGAACUGACACGACUAGUGUUACUCCUGGUGCAGCCAGCCUGGAUCUUGCAACUCCAAUUCCUACCCCAUAUCCAAGCCCCCUUUCCAACUGGAAGAGCCCCUCUCCUGCCCCUGAGAUGGCAGGCAUGACAUUGUCUGAAGUUCUCACUGCAAGGCUCAAGCUGAAUCAGGAGCAGACCAUUGAUUACCAGCAUGGAUCAAUGCAUCAAUCAUCCUCUCCUAAACACUCAUUGAAAGCAGACUCUCCAAAGAUGGACCUUGACGCCCGACUGGCCAUCUUAUUCAAUGAGAAUACCCAUCACGGAGGGAAAGAUUCAGAGAGGGAGUCAUCUUCAUUUCUCUCCCCGAGUUGUGGAAGGAGAAGACACACUUCUUCUGAGGGGGAAAUGGAAGGGCUCCCUGAGGACCGGUGGGGGUCAUGGAACGAGAUACCUCUUUCCCGCACCCCAUCGCCUUUCCUCUCCCGAGAGCUGUACCUGACAUGGCAUGAGGCCACAAAAGAGAAGAGAAAGGCUGUCAGAGAUAGGGAACAGUUUGAGACCACUGAGGAGCUCCUCAAAAAUGUUGAGAGGGCCAUGAGUAACAAGUAUAUUUAUAAGGUGAUAGAGGAAUCAGUCCACCAGGAGAUUGGGAGGAAGUUAUUGAAGCAGAAAAAACGAUCUGGUCGCUUUGGCUCUUCUCCAUCAUCAGAUUCCAAUGAAGACAACAUGAGCCUUUCCAGUCUGUCAUCUGCAAAUGAAGACAACUUCCCCUUGCCACAGCCCCCACUCCACCACCCAGCACCUCCAUUACCUCCUGCAAUCCAUGGAGAGCCUGGGCCUCCACCCAUGCCUCCACCACCUCCACAUCACAUGCCUUGGCCAAGGCCUCAACCUGGCCCCCCUCCAUAUUAUCAUCAUCCAUACAUGAUGGGUCCUCCUCCUCCAGACUAUCCUUACCCUCCUCCACCUCAUAUGAUGGAGGGAAUGCCUCCUCCUCCAUAUGAUCCCUACUACCGCUACCCACAGCCUCCCUACCGGUAUAACUAUGGGGCUCCACGCCAGGGAUAUGGGUAUCCCUCACCCACGAAGUACAAACAUGAUGGUGCUUCACCAUAUUCGCUCACCAUCCAUGGUGUAUGUGAGCGGGUGGUGAAGGAGCUGCAAGUCAUUCUCAAGAAAGAUCUAAGUCGGAAAAUGGUCGAGGGCAUUGCAUUCAGCCGCUUUGAGGCUUGGUGGAAUGAGCAGGAGCGGAAGCACAAGUGUAAUGCUGAGCAGGAGUUACGGGGACCAACAGAGACCAUCUCGAUCUCAUCUCUCUUCGACAAGAGUCAGGAGAAGCCUCUUGGUCUCGGAUCAGGACUUGGGUUUCGGGCGUCCAUACCAAAGUUGCCAUCCUUCCGUCGCAAGAUGAAACGGAUCUCCCCACCACCGAUGGACGAGGACUCAUCGCAAGGCCCAUCAACACUUGAAGAUUCCCAGUCAGCUUCGGUAUCUCGACUCAAGCCCAGUGAAGUCUGGUCCUCGUCUUCUUCUUCUACCUCCUCUCGAGGUCAGUCUCCAGCUGGCAGCCACUCCCCUGCCUCCUCUUCCUCCUCAUCAUCUUCGUCAUCGUCUUCGUCCAACGAAUCGUCUACCUCCUCAGAUGAUGAAGCUGAGAGUUCCUCAGAAGAGAGCUCUUGGUCAGAUGAGGAGGAAGAAAAAGAAAGGAAGAAGAAAGGGGCACAGAAGAAGGAGGAAGUGGAAGAGAUGGAGGUUGAGUCAAAAUCAGAACCAGAAGCCAAGCCUCCCAUCAAGGAAGUUCGCGAAGAUGCUCAACCUCGGCAGCAGGAAGAUGGAAGAUGGCAUGAAGGAGAGAGAAAGGAGUCUAAGUCAUCGAAGAAGUGGGAGGUAGUGAAGAACGGGGAGCUGCGGGUGUUGAUCGAUAAGCUUCCGGCAAUGGAGGAACCUGACUCAAGCCCUGGCAUUUCAUUUGAACACUCAUACUGCCGUUCCUCGGACACUCCAGCUGUCGAUGAGGUGGCCAGACAGGCAACACAGAGUGUCUUUGCACCUUCCUUCCAACAUGAUCAUGGUUUCUAUUUCAACAAGACCGGAGCCGAAGAUCGAGCUAAGAAGUUCCUGUUCCCAAAGCGGGAGAUUGUGCGCGAAAUGGAAAUCCUCUACGAGUUCCUUACCAAGGGAAUCGAUGUGGAGGAUAUCUCGUACCUGAAGCGAUCUUAUGAGGCUCUGCUAGCAGAUGAUGUGCAAGGGUAUUGGCUAAAUGACUCUCACUGGGUUGAGCAUGCUCCCACAAAUACUGCAUUCAUUACUCCUCCCAAGAAGAAACGAAAAUUGGAGCAUGAAGGCAGAGUCCAUGUUACUGGCUGUGCCAGGACUGAAGGCUUCUACAAGCUUGAUCUCAGGGAAAAACGAAGUCAAAAGAGACCUGGAGCCGUGAGAGGGGCAGAAGCAGGGACUGGAGCAGAUGGUACCUCCACAGGCUGGGAUGUACCUGAACCUAAAAAGGGAAAAGUUCAAGAAAUGUCCAGGGAAGCAAGAAGCAAUCAACGGAGACUUCUGGCCGCCUUCUCGUCCGUCACAGAUUCGGAUCUCCUCAAGUUCAAUCAGCUCAAGUUCCGGAAGAAACAGUUGAAGUUUGGGAAGUCUUCAAUCCAUGAUUGGGGCCUGUUUGCUCUGGAGCCCAUUGCAGCAGAUGAAAUGGUAAUCGAGUACGUGGGUCAGCGUAUUCGACCAGUCAUCUCUGAUCUGCGGGAACAGCACUAUGAGAAGACUGGGAUCGGUAGCUCAUACAUGUUCCGCAUUGACACUGAAAGCAUCAUUGAUGCCACACGCUGUGGGAAUCUCGCACGCUUCAUUAACCACUCCUGCAAUCCAAGCUGUUAUGCCAAAAUCAUCACAGUGGAGGGGCAGAAGAAGAUUGUCAUUUAUUCGAAGCAGGCCAUCGGGGUCAACGAGGAGAUCACGUACGAUUACAAGUUCCCCAUUGAAGAUGAGAAGAUUCCAUGCUUACUGUGUCACACGCAGUUUCUCCUGCCAUCCACUCUGGUUCUCCCUCAAGCAUUUAUUCAUUUCCCUUUCUUCCUUGAGUUCACCCUCCAUUCGGGUCAGCCUCCCCGUCAGCUGAGAUGUGAGAAGGUACGUGAAUUCAAGCCGCACAGAGUCCAUCUUCUCCUCCAUCCCAAGACUCAUUCCAUCCUAACAGAGAAAACAGGAGUAUCGCAGAUGCUUCAGUUCGUCGCAUUCCGAAUCGCUGAUCUCGAGCCUCAGAGCACAGAGACAAACUCUCAUUGUCCUCUCCAGCCAGCAAACGUGCGGGGCAUAGCUUCCUCACAGUCACGAGAUGAUGCAGGAAACAACAAAGCCAGACGUCACAUAAGGGAUGCACAGAGGAUUGCUUGCGAACGAGAUCGCACUCAGCCACGAUACCUGACUCACACAGAAUGGGGGACAUUGUAUGGUGGCAAGAAAGCAGCAAUGGGGCAGAAGUCCAAACAGGAGUUUCAGAGACUCCCAUACGACCAUUGCGCCCUGUCCUUGAUCCCCUUUGAGAACCCACUCUGUGAUGCUGAUGGCAACAUCUUUGACCUCGUGGCCAUUGUGCCUUACCUCAAGAAGUUCAAGUGUAAUCCCAUUACUGGAAAACAUUUGGACUCCAAGUCCUUGAUAAAGCUGAACUUCUAUAAGAAUGCAGAGGGGAAGUACCAUUGCCCAGUGCUGUACAAGGUCUUCACUAACAGCACUCACAUUGUGGCCAUCAAGAAGACAGGAAAUGUCUUUUCAUACCAGGCUGUGGAGCAGCUGAAUAUCAAGCCAAAGCACUUUAGAGACCUCUUGAAUGAUGAGCCGUUCACUCGGACAGAUAUCAUCACCCUCCAAGAUCCAGCAAACUUGGACAAGUUCAACAUUGCCACCUUUCAUCAUGUACGACUCAGUCAAUCUGUUCCUGAUGAAGAUGAUGACAAGAAGGGAUCUCAGUUAAGGCAGGUCGGGACAGAAGUGAAGGAGAUUCUUAAGGAACUGGAGGAGUCCAGUGUGGCCAGUACAUCCAAGGCUGGUGAUGAAUCCAGCAAGGUUGUGCGUGACAAAUGGAAUUCAGCUCAUUUUUCCACUGGGGCGAUGGCUGCUGGAUUCACCUCAACCGUGAUGGAGCCAUCAACACGGCAGGAGGCUGCCAUCCUAGAUCAGGAUGUCAUUCGAUAUGAGCGAGCAAAAAAGAAGAAAGGUUAUGCACGACUCGUCACCAACCUGGGACAUCUCAACGUGGAGCUCCAUUGUGACAUUGUUCCAAAAACUUGUGACAACUUCCUCCAACUCUGUCGAUGUGGCUAUUAUGAUAACAGCAAGUUCUUCCGUUCCAUCCGACACUUCAUGAUUCAAGGAGGGGACCCUGAGGGGACUGGAAAGGGAGGUGAAUCAGCCUGGGGGAAGCCCUUCAAGGAUGAGUUCCAUUCCAGCCUCACCCACACAGGACGAGGAAUCCUCUCCAUGGCUAACUCGGGGCCAGACUCCAACAAAUCUCAGUUCUUCAUCACAUUCCGGUCCUGUCGUCACUUGGAUAAGAAACACUCUGUGUUUGGCCGUGUCGUUGGAGGCCUGGAAACACUCUCGGCAAUGGAAAACACCCCAACGGAUGGUAAAGACCGUCCAGUCGAGGAUAUCUUCAUCUACACGGCUGUCGUCUUUGUUGACCCCUUCCACGAGGUGGAGGAGCAGAUGCAGGCAGAGAGGGAAAAGGCAGAAGAGGAGGAGAGGACCAAGGCCAAGAAGGAGGCAAGGGAAGCAGAAGUGAGGAGAGCUGAGAAGCCUGCUGUGUUUAAGUCUGGUGUAGGGAAGUACAUCAAUCCAGAGGCUAUGGUCAUCAGGAAUCAGAUCCAUCACAAGGGCCAGCAACACGAUGCUGUCGGGGUGAAGAUAAAUUCAUCACCUCCUCGAGCUACUGCCAUUACGCUUGCUGGAGAUGAGUUGCUCCACCUUGAGCUGCCACUCGGCCGCAUGCUCGGAGAUUUCGUUGGUAUUCAAUGCCACCACGGUGUCCGGAUCACCAUACUUGGGCGGAUUGGAGUACGGAUCAUAUCCGAGUCUGGAGAGCAUGGGCGCGAUCUUUGGCAUGUCGUCCACGACAUCCUUUGGGAACUUCCCAACCCAUUUGGUCAGGGCUUCAAUGUUGAUUGGCUUGAUCACCUGAUCACUGGAGCGUUCCACCCUGGAAACAAAGACAAAUGUUGUGAUGCUCCAUUAACUCUAACAUGA